AUCGGCCGACCAAGGAUGACAUCCGGCAUGGAGUUUGGCAGAAGUCCAGACCAUCACUCGGAGCUAAGUCAAGCGACACAAGCGGUGGCCCAGCUUGGCCCAAACCACCCCCUGGGCGUUCUGAGCAACUUGACGGCCCUUAACAUGAACGUGCCGAGCCUUUCGGGGCUGGCGUCGGGCCUCCAUCAUGGGGAUGUGCUGGAGAAGCUGAAGAUGCAGGUGCGCGAAAUGAAGGUCGGAGCGUUGAUGGGCGAGCAGAUGGCCGCGGACUUUGCGGCCUCCCUGCACGCCUCCUCCCCGUUCGGGGCGGCCCUCGCGGCCAGCGCGGUCAAUGGGGCCGCCAACGGGGCGCUCGGAAUGUUCGCAGGGGUCGGCCGAGAUGGGGCCGAGCUUCGCGGCAGUGCCGGUGGCAGCCGGGACGCAUCGGGGAGCGGUAGUUCUGGUUCCGGUGGUGGCGUCGCCGCCAGCGGCGGGGGAUCGCAGGGUCUAUCGAGUGGCGCUCAAAAUGGGGCCAAUUUCUCCUUCACGCUGCCGAACGCUCCGAUCAGCAAAGACGGCAAUCCCGGUUCCAAUUCGUCAACCUCGAGCGAAACGUCGAACUCGUCGCAGCAAAACAACGGCUGGAGCUUCGAGGAGCAAUUCAAACAAGUACGACAGCUGUACGAAAUCAACGAUGACCCGAAGCGGAAGGAAUUCCUGGACGACCUGUUCCUGUUCAUGCAAAAGCGAGGAACGCCAAUCAAUCGUCUGCCGAUCAUGGCCAAAUCGGUGCUGGAUCUGUACGAGCUGUACAACCUGGUGAUUGCCCGCGGCGGGCUCGUCGACGUGAUCAACAAGAAGCUGUGGCAGGAAAUCAUCAAGGGUCUGCAUCUUCCGUCGAGCAUCACCAGCGCCGCGUUUACUCUGCGCACACAGUACAUGAAGUAUCUCUACCCGUACGAGUGCGAGAAGAAGAACCUGAGCACGCCCGGGGAGCUGCAGGCGGCCAUCGAUGGUAAUCGGCGCGAGGGUCGUCGUUCGAGCUAUGGCCAUUUUGAUUCGCCGUCGGUGCAGCGUUCGCCGAUACCGCAGAGCAUCUCGCAAUUGCCGCCCCUGUCGCUGGUGUCGCACGUCAACCAGCAGCAGCAGCAGCACCAUCACCACCACCGGCUACUGCCGCCGGUCGGGCAGCUGCCGAACAUUCUGCCGGCCGAGUUCGAGCAGCGCAUGCUCGACUACAUCAAGCUGUUCCAGCCGAAGGAGAUGGCCCGCGCCCAGAGCCCGGACCAGGCCAGCAAGCUGUCGGCCCUGAACGCGCUCGAGAUCUCGCGCGUCGCCCUGUGGAACAUGUACAAUCCGGCCCCCAACAGCCCGCCGAACUCGCUCAACACCAGCCCGGAGAACAACAUGCAGAGUGCGCUCGAUCUGUCGGAAUCGCCGGACCACGCCAUGGCGUCGAUCAAACGGGAACGGGCGGAGCAUCAUCCGGUUGACUUUAGUGACCCGCGCGACUACAGCACCGGACUACCGCCGCCGGCCAAGCGCAGCCAUCUGGGUCACCAACACCAUCACCACAGCCGCUCGCUGACGCCGCUCAAGCUGCACAAUUCGUCGCACGACGAGGACGAAGUCCGGUCCGGUUCCGGCACGCCGAUCAAUCUGCGGGAAAACGGAGGCAGCUCCAGUCUGCACCAUCACCACCUCCACCACCACCAUCACCACAAUCCCGACGAUGAGGAUUCCCAGGGUGAAGAUUCCCAGGAGGGGCCGACGGAGGAAAACAACAUGAUUCACCAUCAUCCGCUGGCCCUUAGUCUGGCCGACCACCAUCACCGCGAACGCGAGCGAGCUCACCAACAGGUGGCAGCACAUGUCGCUGCCCGGUUCGUCGAUAAUUUUGGACACGAAGCAGCGCCACCUGAAGCAGAAAAGCUGAAGCAACACAUGGCCACGCUGGAUCUUAGUAUUUUGGACCGCGAACGGCUGCGCUGCGAUAGUGCCGAUAAGCUGAAGCAGCGUCAACAGAAGCAGCAACAGCAACAGCAGCAACAGCAACAGCAGGAGCAGCAACACCAAAGGCAACAGCAGCAGCAGCAAGCAUCGAAGCUGGCGAAGAACGGAAAUGGCGAUCACCGGCUCAGCUUAACACCGGACAGCGAGUUUCACCACGCAAAAACCAGCUCGGCGGCGACGGCACCGGCAACCGGUGCCGGUGGGUCUGGUCUGCCGGAUCCGUUCAGCUCGCCGCUCGGUAUCACCGGCAUGCAGUUCAAGCUCAUUAGCCGAGGUGAUGCCAGCAAGGGCGACCAGAAGCUGGUGGUGACGAUGGAGUUUAAUGGCGUGCAGUACGAGGGUGUCCUGUUUGCCAACCCGAUGCCCCUGUCCUCGACCACCGCACCGUCGGCAUCGACACCACCGUCCUCCUCCAUUUCGGCCACAUCCGCCUCACCCAUCGGAUCGCUGGUGUCGCCGGUGAAGACUGCCACGAUUUCGGCGCUGGACGAACGUGGCGAGAGUGGCGGCGAUGUCUCCGGUUCCGCCGACCCUGCAUCCGCAGCCCUCAGCAGCAACACGAGUGGGGCACCACUAAUGGCCCACAGUUCCCCGGGUGCGGUGUCCUUCUGUAGCACUCAGAAGACCGAAAGCGGUGCUCCGGCGAUGGUUCCGAUGGCGUUAGUCGCUCCCGGAAGCGGCAGUCCCACGGCUGGAUCGCUGAUGUCGUAA